ACACUCGACGUCACAGCCACUGCCACCAUGUUGGAUCAGGAAGUGGGCAGAGUCGAAGCAGGACUCCCGAGCCAAGCUUAACGUAGACGGCUGUCUUUAUUCGAUCGAUCAACCGGUUCCCUGUUUUCAUCUUUAACAUCCAGGUUACAUGCUGCGUGGCUUUCCGACUAGUCGAGGUAGGCGCUUUUCUUCGGAUUUGAUCGUUUUGCAGCAGCAGCAGCAGCAGCAGCUAUGGCCGCUCUCACGCAAAGAAACUCGGGCCUCGUUCAGCGGAAGACCGAGGCCAUUCGCAGCGCCGCCGCCGACAAGGAGAGGGAGUCCGGCGAUGAGGAGGACGAGAGCCGCCGCGGAGAGGAGGAGGACGAGGACAAGGGGGACUCGAAGGAAACCAGGCUCACACUGAUGGAGGAAGUGUUGCUAUUGGGCCUCAAGGAUCGAGAGGGCUACACGUCUUUCUGGAACGACUGUAUUUCUUCCGGACUUCGAGGAUGUAUGCUGGUGGAACUGGCUCUCAGAGGAAGGCUACAUCUGGAGCCCUGCGGGGUGAGGAGGAAAAGCCUGCUCUCUAGGAAGGUGAUCUGCAAGUCAGACGCCCCAACAGGAGAUGUGCUACUGGAUGAGGCCUUGAAGCACGUAAAAGAAACCCAGCCUCCUGAGACUGUGCAGAGCUGGAUAGAGCUGCUGAGCGGAGAGACCUGGAAUCCCCUGAAGCUGCACUACCAGCUGAGAAAUGUUCGAGAGCGCCUGGCCAAAAACCUGGUAGAGAAAGGUGUCCUCACCACAGAGAAACAAAACUUCUUGCUCUUUGACAUGACCACACAUCCGCUCACCAACAGCACCAUUAAACAGCGCCUCAUCAAGAAAGUCCAGGAAUCCGUUUUGGAGAAGUGGGUCAAUGAUCCUUGCCGCAUGGACAAGCGUAUUCUUGCUCUGAUCCUCCUGGCCCACUCAUCCGACGUCCUCGAGAAUGCCUUCGCCCCGCUCCAAGAUGACCAGUACGACCUGGGCAUGAAGAGAGUCCACACUCUGCUCGAGCUGGAGCCUGAAAAGGAGACCGCAAAGCCCAAUGCUAACGAACUCAUGUGGGCCGUGGUGGCCGCGUUCACUAAAUGAAAACACCUGAUUGGUUGGACUGGAAGAUCUGGCUAUGGUCUGUGUUAUUUAAUCGGUUGAAGGACUUCACUUAAUGAGACAGACUUCACUUUAAUGAGACAAUCUAUUUUUGGUUGGGGAGCCUGUUUGUUCAUCUAUUCCAGAUGACAUUUAUUGGUGGUAGUCCAUAUUAACCCAGUGCAAUGAUUGGUGGUGGGCUUCACCAAGUAACAUUUGGUUGGUUGGAACGAUCUCUGAAUGAAAAAGGACUGAGAGCUUUCACUCAAUGAGGUAAAAAAAACAACCUGCUACUGGCCUCGAUACACGUGUAAACAUCAACAAUACAAACAGAUGGGCCUCUGUUAAUGGUAGACUAAAACAAAGAACAAAGAUGAUGGCAGCAGCAGUCAUGGUGGCUAUGAAGAUUUUUGACUGGGGCCAAGUUUCCCUUCUACAAUAAAGAGACAUCUCUCCAUCAUUACAAGAUCAGUCCAGAAUCACAUGCUGGUCUCCAUACUCUCCCCACACGCUUAUGCAAGGAUACAGGAUAGCUAAUCACAUGGCUAACAAUGCUUUUUGCACUCAUGCAGGUCCUCUGCUUUCAACUUUUCAUUCCCACCUGUCUUUGGACUACAAACAUGGGGUUAUUAUUCGAAUAGACUACCUGAAUUUUCCUAAAUUCACUCUGUCCUUCCAGUAAAUCCUCUUUUCUCUUUUCCUUUUCCUUUUUGAGGAUUAAAAAGAGAAAGCUAAUAAACAGUAAAGUUUAUCAUUUGGUUCUUUUUGUCUCUUCCUCAGAUGAAGAGUUAAACCUUCAGUCUAACAAAAAGUCGUUAGUUUUCUGUUUCUGCAAAGGGUCCGUUCUGUGUUUUGCAGAGUGAGACCUGUCUUCCACUUGUAUUUAUGUUGCUUAUCGAUGCUUGGAGUAGACGCCGUUUAAACUAUUUUGCACAGUCUAUAGCCCUGUAGGUAGGUCGUAGAUCAUAUCUAGCAGCCAUGGUAUAAAAAUAGAAGAUCUCACUUAUUUUGUCUACAGCUAUUGAGCUUUAUGAUAUCUUAAAAAUCAUUCCUCUAGAUAUAUAUAUUAAAAAAGACUCUGCUCAUAUUUCUGUGUGAGCUGAGAUGUAAAGAUACCGAAAAAGUGGUCUAAUCCAUUCUGAUAUAGAUCACCUCAGACAUAUUUCUCAUACAUACUGUAUGUUAGCCUACUGGGCUAGUUUCAGGUUAGAAAAGUGUUGAGUCACCCAAAUAUGAAAACACAUUUUCUUACUCUAGUGGUAUCUGCAGCAGCCAUGCAGGUAAUUGGGGUUACAUUUAGCUGCUGAACUGUGUCUCAAUAAUGGAACUUUCUUUUACAAUGCUCAUCAGCUGUAGAAAACUAUAUCUGAAGCCACAUCUCUUUCUGGAGAUUUUGUGACUAACCUACUAAAAUUCCUGUAAGUGUUUUUAUUUGGAACUACUUUGUCUGGAAGAUAUUGCCCCUGUGAAAUGCAACUGAGUAAGUGGAGGUAAGUGAGUCUGUAUUGCAUCAUUUGGGUGAACUGACACCUUAGGUUUCACUUUUGCUACAUUUGUCUCUCAGUUUGUCACGUCAAAAUUGUUAUUGAAGUCAAAUCUGUUUUAUUAUUUCAUACAUGCAGAUUAUUGGAGGGUUACUUGUGCCCCAGAUGAAUCCUUUAUCAAAGACUGAAACUGUUCAACAACAUGCAAUCUAUCGGAUAUAAAAUCAUGAUUGUAAAUGUUUUUCUGGUCUGUUGAGUGUGAUCUGUGUAUGAAGUUAUGUUACCUUUUGUUUCAUAGCAUACUUUAUAGUUCUGUCUUUUUGUUUCUGCCUACAAACAACCAACAGGAAUGAAGAAGUGUUGAGAUCUGUUUACAGCAAAGAGACCAUGCAUGCUAUCGGUGGAGGGCUGGGUACUUGUGGAUGUAGCUACAGAGAAAAAGGCUUGUAUGUAAUUAAUAGUCAUUUUAUGUGUACGAUCUAAUGGAAUUCAAAGAAAGGGAUCUUCUCUCCUAUCCUCUAUAAUUCUGUAUGCUUUUGUAUUACCACACAAAAUAAAGUAAGGAUCCUUUAAGUGCCUGAAUUUA